AAAACAUCCCUUCGUAUCCGAAUAUGACGAAAGCGGUUUCAAUCCUGGUUAUCAACACGAACUCUUCGCAGUCGAUGACUACCGCUCUCGGACCGAUCUUGGAAGAUCUUCUCCAUCCGGGGCUCCUCAUCCACUACCACACCGGUCCCAGUGGACGCUCGCCGCCAUCGGUUGACGACUCGACAACGUCCGUUCUCUCAGCGGCGCACACCUUCGAGGACCUCCUUCCCCUCAUCACCGACAAGAAGGGACGCACACACGAUGCCUACCUGGUUGCAUGCUUCUCAGACCAUCCCCUCGUCGGGAUGCUCAGAGAACACACUUCCAAGCCGGUCCUGGGCAUCUUCGAGGCCUCUAUCAUGCAGGCACUCGCCCUUGGACGGCCCUUCGGCAUUGUCACCACCGGCAAAUACUGGGAAGGAGCACUCACCGCCGGCGUCCAACGCGUCUUCGGGUCCGCGGACAUGGGCGGCGCCUUCAUUGGCGUUCAGAGCACCGGGAUGACGGCUGUGCAACUUCACGAGAUAGAGCAGAGCGUCGUGGCCGAGAAGAUCGCGGCCGCUACGUCGCGUAUCGUGUCCAAGGGCGCCAGGACGAUCAUCAUGGGGUGCGCAGGGAUGAGUGGGAUGGCAGAAGCGGUCCGGAAUGGUCGAGAUGGGGUAGACAUUCGAGUCAUCGACGCGGUCAGGAGCGGGGUCACCACUCUGGAGGGGCUCGUUCAGGCUCAAAUUCAGUGAUACCGAGGCGGUAGAAGCUAGAUGAGCGUCCUGGUUGGGUGAUAUCUGCACGUCUUGACAUUGUCGUAUUUGCUGCCCAAGCAUAUUGGACUUCCA